AUGAAGUUGACCAAUGGCCAUUUUGGAAGCGCUUCUCCAAUUUUGGCGGCAGACUACGAACAGGUACCCCAACCCCCUGUAUCUCAGGCCUGUCCACCUGCAAAGGGGAUCUCUGCCCCUCUCACCACAGUCUAUGAAGAGAGAAAUCUCGCUGCCGAAACUCCAGCAAACUCACUAAAACCUACAACCGAGGAGUCUAUCUCCAAUAAAUCUCCAGAAGGCCAAACGUCGCAAUGA